CAGCCGUACGAGCUGCCGCCGGAGGUGGCCGCCGCCGUCACGGCGGCGGAGGGCGAGGUGCAGGCGGUGGCGUCUAGCAAGUACGGCAUGACUCAUUUGUCGUACUUGGGGCAGCUGACGUGUCUUCGGGGGCUGAUGCUGCAGCUGGAUAGCCCCUCUGACACGGCCCCCGCGUUCGUAGACGGCAGCCUGGUCUCCGUGCUAACCAGCCUACCCCACCUGGAGUCCCUGCACCUCUCCACUUGGAACCUCCUGCGCAUCGACCCCACAGCCCAAGCGCUGGGGGACUUCCCGGUUCGGCAACCCGCAGCGCCGCAGCCGCCGCAGCAGCAGCCGUUGCCUGUUCAGGACUCCGCCGAGGAGCGAUGGGCGCUCGUGCCUGGCCUCGCAGCGCUCGUACCGCAGCUGCGGCGGCGGCUGGAAGAUAUUGUGCAGGAGCUGCUACAGAGGCAGCAGAAACAGCAGCAGGCGGCAAGCGGGCAGGCGGGAACCGGGCAGGUGCAACUCCUGGAGCAAGUGGUCGAGCGAGCGCUUUUUCUGUUGCUGCAGGAAGGCAAGGGGGCACCCAAGAUGAGCCUGCCUGCUGGGCCUCUGGGUAAGGAUUCACUGUGCUCUUUGAAGGCGCUCGGGUUAGCGGUGUUACAUGCAGCGGCUUUCGACUUAACAGCCGAGCAUGUUUCGGCUGCAGCUUUACCAGCGGCGGCAGCAGCGGAAGUGGCGGAUGAGGUGAUGUCAGCAGCCGAGGCAGGGGCAGAAGCAGGGCCUAGCGAAGGCGGUGCAGCAGGGCCUAGCAGCAACGGCGAAGGUGGCAGCGGCAGCGGAGGUGGAGAGGGCAACGGCGCUGGCAGCGGUGAGGCUCCCUCCGCAUCCGGCACCGCUGCUGCAGCUGCUCCCAGCUUGGAUGCUGCUCCGGACGUAAUGGAAGUAACGGAUACCGUAGCAGCCUUGCUGAAGUGCGCAGCUAGGGCGGCAAGGUCAGCGGCGGCAGCAGGGGGCGCAACAGCUGCAACAGCUGCGGGACCUUCCUCCACCUCAACCGGUGGUGGAGGAGGUGGUGGUGGUGGAGGUGAAGAGGGAGGGACAACCAACAGGAACAGCGAUGGUGCUUGCGGCAGUGGCGGCAGCAGCAGCAGCAGCGGAGCUGGCACCCAACCGCUGCCCUGCCUGCCGACACUGCCCACUUGGGCUUGGCGCGGGUUGCGGUCGUUAAGUCUGACGCACUGGCCGAGUGUGUACGGCAAGCUGAAGGAAGUUGGACCGCCGCAGCCGGGUCGCUGCUAUGCCGUACGAUGGGACGAUCUACCCAGGACCCUAGAGGCGCUGCUGCUGGUGCGCUGCCAGCUGGCUGGCAGUCGGCCCCCCUCCCGGCUGCGACACAUGUGGCUGGCGGACUGCCUGUGCGGGGCGGACUGCCCGCUGCCGCAGGUGUUGUCCUGCACGUCGGAUCUGCAGACGCUGGUGCUGCGCUGGCCCAGUAGCCCCGAGGAGGGGGAGCAGCUGGCCGCCGGGGAGUGGGCAGGGGCGGGGGCAGCGGGGGGACACUCCAGGGAGCAACUGCUGAGGGCGGUCACGAAGCUCAAGGGUCUCCGCACGCUGGGUCUGGGCGGCAUCCACUGUGAGGACAUUCCCUCCCUGGCGCCGCUCUCCCGCCUGCGGCACCUCAUGUUGGAGCCCUCGCAACCCCCACGCAACCUGCCCCCGGGCGCCGACGCCGCAGCCGCAUCCCAACGCGACCUCACCCUUUUGGACUGCCUCAUGAGGCUGCCGGCGGGGGCCUUAUCCGGGUUGCGUACCCUGUGGUUGCCUAAUUGGGCCAUGCCCAUCAAGCAGCUGUUGCAGUGGCAGCAGAUGUUGCAGGUCGCCAUGCCGCUUGUCGUACUGCGGGUUACGGAGUACGACGUGGUAUGGACGGUUCCCACGCCGGUGAUGCAUGUGGCGCGAGUGGCGGCGCCGUCGUCGCUGUCGGCGACCGGCGGCGGUGCGAGUGUGAGUGCGAGUGGGUCGGCGGCGGCGGCGCGUCGAUGGGAGGGCGCGGGUGGCCGCG